UGGUCUCGGAACAUCCGAUCUUGACUAAUCCGCUACUUUCCCAUUUUACCCUUCCACUCUCUUCCCUGUAUAAACCAAAUAACUUUUCAAUAUUCUCUUCGUAUCACUCUCUGUUUCGGCAUUAUAACUGUAUCUCAUCAUGGCCAAGAUCGAGAUUGGGAUUAACGGAUUCGGAAGAAUCGGACGUUUGGUGGCGAGAGUUGCUUUGGAAAGAGACGACGUUGAGCUUGUCGCUGUCAAUGAUCCUUUCAUUACAACCGACUACAUGACGUACAUGUUCAAGUAUGACAGUGUUCAUGGGCAAUGGAAUAAACACGAACUCAAGGUCAAGGACUCAAAGACUUUGCUUUUUGGAGAUAAACCCGUCACUGUUUUUGGUGUCAGGAAUCCUGAGGAGAUCCCAUGGGGUGAGACUGGAGCUGAAUACGUUAUAGAGUCCACUGGAGUUUUUACUGACAAGGACAAAGCUGCUGCUCACUUGAAGGGUGGUGCAAAGAAGGUUGUUAUUUCUGCACCAAGUAAAGAUGCUCCCAUGAUUGUUAUGGGCUUGAAUGCCAACGAAUAUAAGAAAGACGUUGAUAUUGUUUCCAAUGCUAGUUGCACUACCAAUUGUCUUGCUCCAUUGGCUAAGCCACUCAAAAGACUGUUGAUGGCCCUUCGAUGAAGGACUGGAGGGGUGGUAGAGCUGCUUCUUUCAACAUCAUUCCCAGCAGUACUGGAGCUGCUAAGGUAUCAUUAUUUAUUCAU